UGCUGCUUUUCUUCUACGGGUUUAACUUGUCACGGUUUUACAAUUUAGCCAGUGUUCAAACAGGGUGAUUGCGCUGAUUGGACAGUGUCAACCUUCUGAGCCAAUUGGAGACAUCGACCCUGCAGGUGGCGUGGCUGCUUAGCUGCCGGACGACGCUUUACGUCAUGGCACCGGUCUAGAUACUUCCCCAAAGGCGCUAUUUUUGAGUAUAAUGGAGAACACGUUCAUGUGAGUCAACUUUAGCAUCGAAUGACGCAAAAAGACCCGAAAUGGCCUCUGUGCUGGAUGACCCCUGCAUGGAGAGGCUGCUCAAAGGCCACAAGAAUACCGUCACCUGCGUACAUUUCAGUCCAAACUCCAAAUUACUCGCAUCAGGUUCUGUGGAUAAGAGCCUAAUGAUCUGGAACCUAUCGACCAAAGGGAGGUCCUUGCGCUUUGUCAACCAUCAGGACACCAUCACAGGAGUGCAGUUUUGCCCUGUCGGCAAUCUGGUGGCGACCUCAUCCAAGGACAGGAUGGUGAGACUGUGGAAGCCUUCCUUAAAGGGGGAGUCGACGGUGUUCAAGGCGCAUACAGCGGCGGUGCGCAGCGUGGCGUUCUCCCACGACGCCAUGAGGCUGGUGACGGCAUCCGACGAUAAAUCAGUGAAGGUCUGGAGCGUCAGCCGGCGCUGCUUCAUCUACUCGCUCAACCAGCACACCAACUGGGUACGCUGCGCUAGGUUUUCUCCGGACAGUCGCCUUGUGGUGUCCUGCGGGGAUGAUCGCACCGUCAGGUUGUGGGACACAUCCAGCAAAAACUGUAUCAACUGCUUCACUGAUUACCGCGGAUCCGCGACCUAUGUGGACUUCAAUUCAAGAGGCACGUGUAUCGCCUCGUCGGGGGCGGAUAGCACCCUUCAAAUCUGGGACAUACGCACCAAUAAGCUCAUCCAGCAUUAUCGAGUCCACAGCGCUGGCGUCAACAGCUUCUCCUUCCACCCAUCCGAUAACUACCUGAUCAGCGGCUCCAGCGACGGCACAAUUAAAAUCCUUGACCUGCUUGAAGGACGCCUCAUCUACACGCUGCAUGGACACAAGGGCGCCGUCCUCACUGUGGCCUUUUCUCGGGCCGGAGAGCUCUUUGCUUCUGGGGGUGUCGAUUCCCAGGUGAUGUUAUGGAAGACCAACUUUGACACCAAAUCGUACCGGGAGAUCCUGGAACAGCAUAGCCGGCGGGCCACGGCAAAUCCCUCGCCUCACCUGACUGAUAUCCAUCCCCGAGUGCCCCACCCUCACCAGACGCACACACCAGACAUUCAGGUCGGUCCGGGGGUGACUGACACGCACUCAGCGGAACCAAACAUCGUCGAGCUACGAGAAGCUAGCCACCAAGACGCGCACCAUGGCAAUGACGACCACCACACCGAUGACGGCCACGCCCACGACAGUCAGUCUUCUGUCACAACGACGACAGAGGACGAAGGCUGGACGAAGGAAGAGAGCAGCGGCGAAGGAAGUCGACGGAAGCGGCGAGGGGACAAGGGCAGGAAACGCCAAGACAAGGAUGUCCGAACACAGCAAGAGGACGACGGCGUGAAAUAUUGGCCGGACGAGGAGGGCGAAACCGCCCACCAGGUGGACCCGUCGGAAGCGACGUUGGGGCAACAGCCGGUUCUGAACUCCAUCCUGCAGCACCUGGUCAAGCAGCUGGACGUCCUCACUCGGACCGUUUCUGUGCUGGAGGAGCGUCUUAGCCGAACGGAGGACAAAGUUGACGAGUGUCUAGCCCAGACGCAUCAUCCCGGAAGACCACCCGAUAGAGCACCGGACCACCUCACAUGAGGUACUUCAAGUGUGUGUGUGUGUGCGGGGUGUUUGUUUGCACGUGCUUUCUUUUCACUUUGAUGAAAAGCCGUCCACCGCCGCAAAUGGACCAGAGAAAUGAAAUGGACACUUCAUUAGGUACAAGCAAAAAGAGGAGCCAACGUUUUCAAGACGUCUCACAGACCGCUUACUUUCUACGGCUUUAUACUUUCGCCUCUGACAAAGUUUUCAAAGUAUGGUUUGCUAAAUGGAAUCACUAACCCAGCUUCUUUUUCAACCCGAACAACCCCUUGUUCAAGACGAUUAACUUGGAAACGUGCGACAUCCUGGUGGGGUUUGCUCAGCUGACGUUUUCCCUGGAUAGAGACGUUCAUCCUGUCUCCGCCCAUCCUAAACAAGCUGAAUGAGAGGGAAAUCCUCUUUGCGCCUUAAGAAGCUUCAUGUGUCCGCUGGGCCAUUGAGCAUCGUAACCCGCGAGCCUCCCGGCAGCGCUUCCCAUCUCCGCCGACGGCCUCGUGGAUGCCGCCUCACACGGCCUCCCGAGCCUCUGAAGCUUCUUAACGCCGCUCUUUCGCUUAAGCCUUUCACUCGUGCACCAAAGUGCACCUGUCGCGGCAGUGAGUGACGCGAAUGUGCAAGUGAGGAGAUCACUCUCCAUCUGGACCCGGACUCAUGUACAUCUUACAACAUUUUUUGUUAGCGAGACGGUUUUGUUUUAUCAGGGGCUCGUAUUUAAUAAUUAAUUAAUUUGUAUUUCGUUUUGAUGAAGCGUGAUCAUUUUGACUCAAGAUUGUCCUUGUCGGGUAUUUCGAUGCGCUUCUGUCCCAAUACUUUCACCAACCUUCAUAACCUGGAAUGAUAUCUAUCAAGGUUAUCUUUAAAAAAAUGUUUUCAUUCAAGCAAUUUGUUAAGAGUGUUUUUUACAUCUUAAUUUGAAAUAUAUACUUUGUGUUGUACAGUUUUUUUUUUUUUAUAAGUGAAUAAAACCGAAGUUGCGUUUCUUGUGAA